CAAAAUCCGGAAAUGAAAGGCGAACAAACCCUAUCGGAGCUCCACCACGCAAACCGGGGCUCCGGUACCAGACGAACCCGUUCCCAGGUAGCGCCAGACUGGACCGAAACAGAUUCACUGAUCCUGGUGAACGAGGUCGCCGCCGUCGAAGCCGAUUGCCGGAAAGAGUUCUCGUCGUUCCAGAAAUGGAAGGUCAUCGCGCAAAACUGCACCGCUCUGGGAGUCCCUCGGUCGCUGGACCAGUACCGCCGCAAGUGGGAGGCCCUCCUCCACCAGUACAAGAUCAUCGACCACUGGAAUUCGCAGUCGGCGGCUUCGUACUGGGCUAUGGAGAGCGAUCGGCGGAAGCAGUUCGGGCUUCCCCGGAGUUUUGAUCACGAGGUUUUCAAGGCCAUCGGAGGUUAUGAGAAGGUGCAGGAGAAUCAGUCGGAUACGGAGGUGGAUAGUGAGCCGGAGGCGGAGGCUGACGUGGCGGAUGAUGAUGAAGGAGCUGUGGAACCAGACUCCAAGAGGAGGAGGCGACAGUCAACACAGCAGAAAUGCAAACCAAUUCAAAAUCCAGUGAGGAGGUCUAUGGUUAAAAGGCCUAUACAAAAACCUCGUCAGACUCAUGCAGCAGAAAAGCCAGUACAAAAGGCUUGUCAAGCGCAAGUGGAAGAAAAGACUGCACAAAAGAAUCGUCAAAUGCGUGUAGAAGAAAAGACUAUAGAAAAGCCUGUUCAAACCCACGUGACGGAAAAGCCUGGAGAAAAGCCUCGCGAGACCCAUGUAGAAGAAAAGCCUCACCAAACCCAUGAGGAAGAAGAACCUGUUGAAAAGGCUCGCCAAACUCAUGCACAAGAGAAGCCUGUAAAAAAGCCUUGCCAAACUCAUGUGGAAGGAGAUCCUUUAAAAAAUCCUCCCAAAACCCUUGCAGAAGAAAAUGUAGUAGGUAAGUCUUGCCAGACCCAUGCUGAAGAAAAGCAUGUGGAAAGCUGCCUAGAAGCAAUUCCUAUGGAGAAUUUGGCUGAAGAAAAGCUUCACCAAACCCAUGCUGAAGAAAAGCAUAUGGAAAGCUGCCUAGAAGCAAUUCCUAUGGAGAAUUUGGCCGAAGAAAAGCUUCACCAAACCCAUGAAGAAGUAAAGCCUGUGGGAAGCUGCUUAGAUGCAACCCCUACGAAGAAGCUGGCAGAAGAACUGCCUCAGAAAAGCUGUUUGAAGAAAAAAAUAAGACCUUAG